CCUCCAUCCAAUCCUUCAUUCUCCUUUCCUUCUACCACUCACAAGCCUCUCCCUUCUACCGGCAUCUCCUAGCAUCAUGCCACAGUACCGAAAAUUUGGAGAAGUCAUGUGGCCAAAAUUGGUGGCCAACAAGUACUUCCUCCAUCGGCCGCUGGGUAGCAAUCACUUUGUCACCGACUUCUCGCCGACCGAUAGUUUUCUCGAUGUCAAUGGUUUGGAUCACCCAGCCUUGCCUGAGAGGUCACUUGAUGAUCAAAAGGGCAGACUUAAGUACAAGGUGUUCGUUAGCACGUGGAACGUCGGAGGGGUGGUGCCAAGUGAUGAUCUGAAUUUGGAGGAUUGGUUGGACACCAAGAAUAAUUCUUAUGAUAUAUAUGUUCUUGGGUUCCAAGAGAUUGUGCCACUUAGUGUUAAGAAUGUCUUAGGACCUCAAAAAUGCAGCAUAUCUAUGAAAUGGAACUCGCUCAUUCGAACAACACUGAGAAAGUCUCUUACCAACCAAAAGAGAAUCCAUGAAUCCAAGGUAGAGGAGAAGCAAAAGGUGCACCCAGUCAAGGAUGGCAGCUCCCGGGAGCACGCAACGCAGGACUUCAGAUGCAUUCUAAGCAAACAGAUGGUUGGAAUUUUGGCCUCCGUUUGGGUGAGAGGAGAUCUCUGGCGGCAUGUUCGCCACCCAAGUGUCUCAUGCAUUGGUUGUGGCAUCAUGGGCUGCUUAGGGAAUAAGGGUUCAGUUUCUGUUAGAUUUUACUUGCAUGAAACCAGCUUCUGCUUUGUAUGCUGCCAUUUAGCUUCUGGAGGGAAAGAAGGGGACCAGGUGCACAGGAAUUCGGAUGUCAUGGAUAUAUUUUCAAGAACAAGUUUCCCUCGUGGCUCUUCUUUUAAUCUGCCGCAGAAGAUCCUGGAUCAUGAUCGUAUAGUCUUAUUUGGCGAUUUAAACUAUAGAAUCUCCUUGCCAGAGGCCAAGAUGCGCUCACUAGUGGAACAGAAGCAGUGGAAUAUCUUGCUAGAGAAGGAUCAGUUAAGGAUCGAGGUCUCUGAGGGCCGGGCAUUUGAAGGUUGGCAUGAGGGGGUGAUUGCAUUCUCCCCUACAUAUAAAUAUUACCAAAACUCAGAUGAAUACUAUGGAUGUGCUCAAGGUAAAAAGGGUGAAAAAAGAAGAGCCCCAGCAUGGUGUGAUCGAAUUUUGUGGCAUGGUAAGGGCUUGAAGCAAAAACGAUAUGAGAGAUGCAAGUCAAGAUUGUCUGAUCAUCGACCGGUGCGGGCAAUCUUCACUGCUGAAGUCAAGGUUGUAAGAAAUUUCGGCUCCUCGCAAAGCUUCUUCUUGUCAGACAAAUUUGAUCAUAUCAUGGACCAUUUUGAUUUGUUAUCGAAUAAUGGUCUAAGCAAUGGAAGACCAAGUUUGCAACUAUAAAUGCUUGUUGGCCUUAUUUUUUCAGGUUUCUGUGAGAGUCCAUCUUUUUCUCAUUGCAAUCGAAUGGA